AUAGCCGCAAACCCUUCCCCAGACCCCAGCCCCUCUCGCGCGCGCCGACCUCGAGAGCUAUUACAAGGAGGCGCCGCCGUGCAGUGAAAAGCGCGUCGCGGCUGCAGCACGUGCUAGGCUUCGAUUUGAGGAUGGGGAGGGCGAAGAGCAAGGGCCCCAAGUUCGCCGCCGUCAAGAAGAUGAUCAGCAAGAAGACCAUCAAGAAGUACAAGGAUGAGGUGCUUGACCCUAGGAAGAAGGAUACCGAGAAGGAGAAGCUCGGCCGGAACGUGCCGCAGGUUUCCUCGGCGCUCUUCUUCAGCUACAACAUGGCGCUCGGGCCGCCAUAUCGGGUUAUUGUCGACACCAACUUCAUCAAUUUCUCCAUCCAGAACAAGUUGGAUUUAGAGAAAGGAAUGAUGGACUGCCUUUAUGCAAAAUGUACCCCUUGUAUCACUGACUGUGUUAUGGCUGAGCUUGAAAAGCUAGGACAAAAAUAUCGUGUGGCUUUGAGAAUUGCUAAGGAUCCUAGGUUCCAAAGAUUAGCAUGCACACACAAGGGAACUUAUGCUGAUGACUGUAUCGUUGAGAGAAUUACUCAGCACAAAUGUUACAUUGUUGCCACUUGCGAUAGAGAUUUAAAGAGGAGAAUAAGAAAGGUUCCUGGUGUUCCAAUCAUGUACAUUACCCAACACAGGUACUCGAUAGAGCGACUCCCUGAAGCGACAAUUGGCGGAGCACCAAGAAUCUGAUUUCCGGAUGCAGAGAAGUUGGGGAAACAUUUCUCACUAUCACACUUGCCAAAGGUCCUGAGCAGGGAUGGAUAAGAAUACUGUUGUGCUGAGUUGAGCUAAUUGUAAUCACUUCAAAGUUUUGUACUAACCUUAUCAGGUUAUCAUGUUUCAUCAUUUAUAAGAGGAUCUGUUUAGUUGUCCUAAGUUGGAACUCCAGUGUAGCCAACAUCCCAGCUUCUUGGUUGUGUUGAUGAUGUGGACUUGCAGACUUUCAGUAAUAGUUCACAUGUAAUAUGCAAGUCUUGUUACAUUGUUCAAUCCUUUGCUCAUGCUUGAUUACAGAGUAUCCUGUCCCUUCAUUGUUCAA